AUGUCAACGUGUUACUGUCCUGUUGAUACUCGUGCGAAUAGAUUAGAACGAAAAUUUCGAUGUAUUCACAAAUUGUUUCAAUCUGAAAAGGAUGAGCACGUUGCCUUAAAACGCGUAUGCGGUUUUAUAUAUGGCGUACUUCUUGGUCUGGGUUUUUACGAGCUGAUACUGGUCGACUUGAAUUUUACAGAAAACGCAGCUUACCUCGUCGGUGGUGUUAUCUGUUUGAUGCUCGGCUUUGGUAUAGCGUUCUCCUCACAAAUCCGUUGCAUAUCUUUGCUGUCCAUCCCGAAUUUCGUGGGGAGAUCCGGUCGGAGCGUUUUAAAAGCUUUGGUCUUUGCCUAUAUUAUAUCCGGUCCUAUACACAACCUAACGGAAAAUGGAAAGGAGGUAGUUCGAGUAUUCGGAUGCACCACAUCUUUAACUUUUAACUUAACGAAAACUAGAUUUGAGUUGAUGUUUAAACCCUUUACACAAGCUUUGUUUGGAAUGAAAACCGAUGCUAAUGAAAUAAAGGAUACUUUGAGGACUGUUAAAGACGUUUCCGCUCCGAUUACAGGGGAAUUAGAAGAUGAUACAGAAGUGAAAAAAAUGAAAGAGGAAAAUGAUUAUAUGGAUGCGAAAAUACAUGAAACAAAAAGAAAUAAAGAAUUGGAUAAAAAAUAUAAUACCAUUGGUGAAAAGGUUGAAGCUACUCGAAUGGAAAAAGAAUAUCUAAAAAAAAUCGAAUUGAGAUGUCAAAAUCAAUUUAAUAAAGCUGGAAAAAAAUGUAAAGAUAUGUUUGGAAAAGCGUACGAUACUUGUUAUGACGCCGUAACUUGGAUAGCAGCUUGGUUGUUGUGUUGGCCAAUGAAAUUAACUUUUGUCUGUAACAUAGUAGAAGCUUUAGGUGGUAAAAGCAAAUGUGACCCAGCAAAAGAUAUCGAUCAUGGUUUCGGGGAAGGUUAUAUGUAUUUAAAAAAAACUCGUUCAACAUUCUCAGAAAAUUUCAAAAACGUUAAACUUCAAUAUCGAAUCGGAAAAAUACAUCAAAUCGCAAAAAUCCGUGAAGCUACUGACACAGCUAAAGAAGUUAUGCACAUCGUUCAAAGAAAAAAAUCAUUUUUAGAAAGUAUAAUGGUAAUAGUUAAACGAGUUUUAGCGUUUAUUUUUUUAAAAAUCAUUUUGGAUUCACAAAAAUACCACGAUAAAUACUUAAGAGAUAUCGAAUUUGAUAAUAUUUAUAUCACCAGGUAUUUUAGAAAAAUCGACGCGAGGAGACGACGUGAAGAUAAAAAGACAUUAUUACCAUUAAAAAAAAUCGAAAGGAACAAAUUGGUCGACCCUUGGAAUUUAAAACCUUUAAAAGAUGAACGAGAGAAGCUUUUUGGAAAAACAUUUAAAUUACUUCUUGAAAUGAUAACAGCUACAACAUUUAUUCUUCUAGAUCGAUUAUUUUAUGAGGCUUUAGAUUUGGUGAGAAGGCAUGCUCAUAUUGAUUAUUACCAAACUGGACAUCACGAUAUGAUGUUACAAAUUAAAGGAACUGGAAUGAUAGCCACCCUUUUAAGAUCGUUGGUGAAAGGUUUCAAUGUAAAAAAACGAAUACGUGCUAUAAGAAGUAACGCUGCAUGUCUCCCACAACCAACAAUACUCCCACAAUAUUAUAUUUAUAAAAUUUAUGGUACUUAUUUUGCAGUGUGGGUAGCUAUUUUAUGCGAAGCUUACAUUUUAAGAUUAAGACGCCUAAUUUGUUCGUAUUUCUAUCGGAAACGUGAAAAGAAACGAGUUCUAUUUCUUUACAAUGAAACAUUAAAGCGAAGAAUCGGAUUUUUUCGAUAUAUGAAGAAAAAAGUAAGAAAAAUGGUGAGGAAACAACGAUUAGAAAAUGAUCUAAAUGUUUGUGCUGUUCUUCGAAUUAGAUUUCCAAAUUUUUGUUCGUGCUUAAAAAUGUUUCCUAUGGCAAGAAGGAAAUGUAUAAUAUGCGGCGAUCCAGAACCAAGAAAAAAAAGCAAUAUUCCCGGUAAUUUUGAGAAAUGUAAAACACCAGAUUGCUACGUUGUACAUUGCGUUGAAUGUUGGAAUGAUGUUGGCAGAGUUUGUUUUGCUUGUAGCUCAAUGUCACCCGAUACAACUGAUUUAGAAGAUUCUGAUGAAAAUUUAUUCAAUUUUGAUUGAAUUAUAUUUAUAUUGAUGAUAUUUAAUUUAAAAAAAUGUCGACCAAAAAGGAGAUUAGUUACAAUUCUAAAUUGCAGUGAAUUAAUGUCGCAAGAACGCUUAUAAAUCUAGCUAAUUGGUGGACUUGAGUAGUAAUUGAUUUCCUUGGUAGUUAAUCUCGGGGACUUUUAUGUUUUCUUAGUUACGCGGCUCUCUGAGUACGGCUGUUCCAUUUCUAGAUAA